UUGACUAGUCAACAAUACAAACCUUUACAACAGCAACACUUAAUCUACAGCUUGGACAGAAGCUUAUGUUGGAGUACUGUAUUCAUUUAGGAUUAUUUUUUACUACAGCAUUAAGGCAGUUUUGGGCCUUUGUGUAUUUUCUUCAUUAACUGAAGAGUUUAGUCUGGGCUGGAAAAUGAGUGACAUUUCGGAAGACGACCACGAGAUCACGUUUAGAGUCAAGUUCCUUGGUCGUGUGGAGGUGCUACGGUCUGAAGGACUACAGAUCCUGGACGAGGCAGCACUAAGUCUCAAGACAGCUGAUUCAACUUCUACAGAGAAAGCAGCAAAGAACAGUAAAGUUCACCUGUUCCUGUCUCUGAGUGGGAUUGACAUCCUGGAAAACAAAACCAAGUUCCUUUUAUACUCGUGCCCUCUGUCCACUGUGUCGUUCUGCGCUGUGCUGACAUCUUCACCCAAAGUCUUUGGGUUUGUGGCCAAGCACCCAGCCGUAGACACGUACCACUGCUAUCUCUUUCAGAGCAAGAAGUUUUCUCAUGUGUUGGUGUCUGUGAUUGGAGAUGCAUUCAGGGCCUCACAGAAGGAGAGCAGAGUUCAGGGCGGGAAGGACCUGAUCGUGGAGGCUCUCAGACACAAAAAUAAAAUACUGCAGAGAGAGAACACUGAGCUGAAGAGGAAGCUGGCGGCACAAACUGACACCUCUCAGUCUUUCUAAAUUGAUGACAUUCGCCAUGAAACAAAAUAAACACUGUUUUUCA